GUCCUCACCGGCGACCAAGUUGUAGCCAUGAACGUGUUGACGGCGGGGGUAAAGAACAUUGCGGCGGAAACGGCGGCGCUGAAUAAUUUCUAUAAACCCUAGAGCUUCCUUCGCCUGGUUUAUGAUGGAGGUCUUAUCUUUCUCUUUGUGUGGCCAAACGGAGAAGGAAUAGGUGAAGGGCAAUCAACCACACGGCCACCUCUUUUUGAUGGAACCAAUUAUACAUAUUGGAAAGAACGAAUGAGAAUCUAUAUUCGUUCCACGAACUUCCAAUUAUGGUUGGUUAUCAAAAACGGGGAAGAGGUGCCGAUGAAGAAAGUCGGAGACAAGUUGAUCCCCAAGACCGAAGACGAGUUUGAUGCCGAGGACAUCAAAAAGGUCGAGAAUUAUGCAAAGGCAAUAAAUAUGCUUUAUUGUGCCGUAAAUCCUGAUGACUACCGCAAGAUCUCCUGCUGCUCAACCGCCAAGGAGAUGUGGGAUAAACUUGAGGUGACGUACGAAGGAACGGACCAAGUACGUGAAGCCAAGAUUGACUUCCUCACCCAAGAAUAUGAGAUGUUCAGGAUGAAGGAGCACGAGAAGAUCGACGACAUGUUCGACCGAUUUUCCAAGAUAGUCAACGAUCUUCAUGCAUUGAAGAAGACUUAUACCGACAGGGAUCUUGUACGAAAGAUCUUACGGAGCUUGACAUCCGAAUGGCGAUCUAAGGCCGAUGCCAUCUAUGAGUCAAUCGGCACAUCAAAUGUCACCAUCGACGGUUUAAGAGGUAACUUAAAAACCUAUGAAUCUACUAUACUUAACCCGUCUUUGAAUGAUCAAAGGAAAGGCAUAGCAUUAAAAGCCUUCAAAGAACCAACGAUGAAUGACUCAAGCGACGAUGAUGAAGUCAAGCUUGUCAUGAAGAAGUUUUGUAAACUUCUAAGAAAGAAAGAGAAGGUUGAGGAUGGCCCUGUGUGCUAUGGAUGUGGUGAAGCCGGGCACAUCAAGAACAAAUGCCCGAAAAGCGGAAGGAAUGCUCAGCACUUCAAAAAGCAAAGAGCAUACAUCUCCUGGGGUGGAGACUCCGGAGAUGAAUCAAGCGAACAAGAGGAAGAAGAGGAAGCAAAUCUUUGUCUCAUAGCUCAAGAAGAAGAGGAGUCCGCCAACAACGAAAACCAAGAGACCAGAUCAAAAUCCGUCCAACCAGGCGCUGCCACGUGGCGCGACCUGGCUGGCCGGCCAACUUCAGCAGCCAGCAAGUGGGUGUCAUUCAGCCGCCACCAUCAUCAAAUCAAAAAGGAGUAAUGAACAAAGAUAAACCUCACGUAAGCAAGAAAACAAAAAAAUAAAGAAGAGAUUGCAUUGAUAUGCAAAUCAUCUGCCGAGCGCACUAACUGUGCGGGGCGGCCGCCCCAGAGCCCGCCCUGGAAAUCCCGUCGCCUAUAUAAGGCAGUUCUUCGGCGAAGGCAAUCAAUCAUCAGCUCCUUCCGGGUCUUCUAAGGCCCGGACCACCUUUCUAGCCCGUUUCCAGUUAUAUUUUAAUAUUUUUAGUUUAGUUUUGUUCCGGUUGUUCCGAAGUGACCCCGGCUCUACUCCCGGUUGUAAGUUUAUUUUUACAACUUUUAAUAAAAUGUUCUUUUAUUUUAUGCACUGUUAAUAUCUAGUAUGGGUUAGGACCCGGAUUAGAGUCUUGGCUAAAUUUGGGCAUAUACUCUGUAUGUUUAUUUAAUAAUUGGAAUAAUUGUUCUAGAAUUAU